AUGGCAGACGUAAUCGACAAGCCCCAAUUGGAGGAGGCCGAGGCCGAGAAGCCUCGCCACAUCGAUCCCAACGAUUUGCCACUCCCGGACGAGCUGGCCCACUUGAGCAGAGAAGAUGUUCAGAAGCUUGAAAGGGGUCUGACCCGUCGACUAGAUAUGACUCUGAUGCCUACUGUCUUUCUCCUGUUCUUGUUGAACAUCCUGGAUCGGAACAACAUUGCGAGUGCCAAGAUCGUUGGUCUCCAGGAGGAUCUCGGCAUGACCAACAAUCAAUACAACACAGCUCUCAUGAUGUUCUAUAUCGGAUACAUCAUUACUCAAAUCCCUUCAAACAUGAUCAUCGGCAAAGUGCGCCCAUCGUACUACAUCUGCCUGGUCACUUCUCUAUGGGGUGUUGUCUCCAUGUCCCAGGGCUUCGUCAAGAACUUUGGCCAACUCUCUGCUCUCAGAUUCGUGCUGGGUCUUGUCGAAGCCCCCUUCCUGCCCGCCGUCUUCGUCGUCAUGAGCUGCUGGUACAAGCGCAGUGAGCUACCGCCUCGCAUUGCUAUCCUCUAUGGAGGCAACAUGAUGUCAGCUGCGUUCUCCGGGCUUAUCGCGGCGGGCAUCACCAGCCGCAUGGAUGGUGUUGCUGGACGUGCUUCUUGGUCCUGGUUGUUCAUCAUCGAGGGUUCAAUGACGGUUGUCAUUGCCAUACUGUUGGUGCCCAUUCUCACGGACUACCCACUUCAGAGCAAGCAUCGCUUUAUCUCCCGCGAGCUCCAGCUCAUUGGUGAAUGGCGCAUCCGCAAAGAGAACGCGGGUAUCGUUGAUGAGGACCCCGAGUCCAUCUGGUGGGGAUUGAAGCAAGCCUUGAUCGACCCUAAGCUGUACAUGUUUAUUGUGCUGCAAAUGGCGCUCAUUACUGCGCAAUCUUUCAACAACUUCUUCCCCUCCAUUGUUGGAACUCUUGGUUACGGAAGCACGGUGACGUUGCUGUUGACUGCGCCUCCAUACUUCUUUGCCUUCAUCGUCUCCUUGGCUAUCUCGUUCCAUGCCGGCCAUAAGAAAGAGAGAGGCUGGCAUAUUUUUGUGCCUUUGACAUUUGCGAUUCUCGGAAACAUCCUGGCCAUGUUCGUGCCUUCUACCGGUGGUCGCUACUUCUCCAUGUUCCUGUUAACUGCUGGAUCCUACGCACCCUACAGUCUUUGUGUGAGUUGGCUGAGUGCUUCGCUCCCCCGUCCACGAGCAAAACGUGCCGUCGCGCUUGCUAUCGUGAACGUGAUGGCAGCUGGUGUUGCACACUUCUACACCGUAUACAUGUUCCCAGACUGGCAAAAGCCCCGAUACUACAUCGGCGGAAGCAUGAUGGCUGGAGCGUGCUUGGUUUGCGGAUGCAUGGCCAUAUUUAUCAAGUACUACUUGAAGGGACUCAACACAAAGCUGGAAGAGGAGGAGGCACGAGGUGGACUGAACUAUAGCCAGAUUAUCGGGUCUGGUAAGGGCGGUAGCGGAGACGCCAUGGUAUCGUUUAGAUAUGUUCAUUAG